UAUGGACAAAUUAUAGAGAUUCUUAUAGCGUUUAUCCACUGUGUGGGCCUUAAAGUGGCGACACCUUCUGUCGGUCCACCGGAUAUACACUCGCCCGCCCAUCCACUCCCCGCAAUCUGGAUGACCGUUCUCGCGGAAGCCCCCGGAUAGCUUAUAGCUUCAUCAUGGGAAGAGCGUUUCUCCGCCUCGUCUAGAAUAACAUCUAGAACAAUGGUGUCCACAACGACGAGCAUAAAAGCAGCCGCGUCUCUCACGCGAUAAAAUAGCUCACAUGUAUACACUCCUUGGUCCAGCAAUUGUUACAGCUAAACACCAUGCCGACCCCAUGGCCCCCGACAACCAUCCCAAAUGAGCCAGGCAUCGCCACAUUCUCCCUAGGCAAUUCCCAAUACCACAAGUUACGAACCCGCCUCGAGGAAGCUGCCAAAGCGGGAUACAAGCAGAUCGACCUCUUCGAUGAAUGCUGGGCUGCCUAUCUAGAGGAGCACGGGCUCCCGGGGGCCCAGCUCUGGGACGCCACGGCGGAGAACCUCGCCGUCGCACAGAAACUCGGCAAUCUAGUGAAUUCGCUCGGGAUGCGAAUAGCAUGCACACAGCCGGCGCGCAACAUUGAGGGCAUCAAGGAUGCAGCCGAGCGGCGAGCAGCGCUGGACCUCGUCGCGCAACGGUUCCCCUUCAUGCGGGCCUUCGACACCGACCUCGUCUUCCUAUGCGCCAGCAUCCGUAAAGACCCCGGCGUAACGUCCGAUCUGAAGACGGUAGCGCGGGAUCUCGCAGAACUAGGCGAUAUGGCAAAGACUUAUUCAGACACCGACGGCGGGCGUCCACUACGGAUCGGAUACGAAGGGUUAUCCUGGGCAACGAGAAACACUUGGUCAUCAACAUGGGAAGCAGUGCGCAUGGCGAAUCGGCCAAACGUGGGACUCGUGCUGGACGCAUUCAACAUACUGGCCGUGGAGUUCGCGGACCCGUACAACCCCGCUGGUCAUGGUCGUGUUUAUUCAACGCUGGGGGAGUCGAUCGACGUGCUGUGCGCGUCUAUGGCGGCGCUGGUCGCUACCGUGCCUGGGGACCGCAUUUUCUUUUUCCAGGUUGCUGAUGCGGAGAGGGUGGAUCCUGUGGCUUUUCGGCGGCCGACGGAUGCGAAUGUCCCGGCUUUGAUGCCGUGGUCGAGGGCUCAUAGGCUGUAUCCUUUCGAGGAGUCUCGUGGUGGGUAUAUGCCUGUUCAGCUGGUGGCUGCUGCUGUGGUUGCUACUGGGUAUCAGGGACCCAUGUCGUUGGAGGUCUUUAAUAGCUCGUUGAUUCAGCCGGAGAGCGAUGUGCCGGCUGGGCAUGCGCGGAGAGGGAUUGAGGGAUUGAGAAAGCUGGCUGGUGCUAUUCAGGAGGUCCCCCCGUUUUGGGAGAUGUGGCAGCAGGGAUGUCGGCAGUUUGGACAGAUCACGUCGUCGAUGCGUCCUGAGCGGUUAUGACAGGGUGUGAGUGUGUUGAGCGGAGAUGAGUGAUGUAGCUAUGUUACUUCAACAUUUCGGGCGUUUUGCGCAGCAAUCAUGACGGAGGAACUCCAUGUUUAUAUGAUUGGGAUAUCCUCCGGAAGGGUUCACAUUAUUUACAUUAUCCUGAUCUUUUAUACUCUCAUCCCUGUAACUAAUCACAACAUAGUAUUACUAGACUUACUACUCGGCUAUCAAAG